GUCCUCGAGACAGCGGUGGUAACCGGUGUGCUGGCAUCGCAGCAGCAGGCGAUGGACGUGAAGAUUGAGCAGUUCUCCAUGGGCGUCUAUGGCAAGGAGUUCAUCAAGGAUACCAAGCUUGAGCUGAAUUUUGGCCGACGGUAUGGGCUGAUUGGAAUGAACGGAUCCGGCAAGUCUACAAUGCUGGCUGCCAUUGCAGCUCGCGAGAUUCCAAUCCCAGAUCACAUUGACAUCUGGUUCCUGGAUAGCGAGGCUAAGCCGGAGGACACGACAGCCAUCCAGGCCGUGGUGAACGUCGUCGCGGACGAGCACAAACGUUUGGAGGAGCUCUCCAUCAAACUCCUGGAAGAGGAUCCCGAGAAGAACGCGGACUACCUUCAGGUCAUCGGUGACAAGCUGGACAAGAUGGACCCUUCCACGUUUGAGCCCAGGGCUUGCGAGCUUCUUCACGGUCUGGGUUUCUCGCCGCAGAUGAUGCAGAAGGCCACUAAAGACAUGUCUGGUGGCUGGCGAAUGCGCGUGGCGCUCGCACAGGCUCUGUUCGUCGAGCCAAUGCUCUUGAUCCUGGAUGAGCCCACGAACCACCUCGAUCUGGGUGCAUGCGUCUGGCUGGAGGAGUACCUCUCUCGGUACCCCAACACGCUCCUGUUCACGUCCCACUCCGAGGACUUCAUGAACGGAGUUUGCACAAACAUCAUGCAGCUGACCCAGAAAGGAACCCUGGUCGUGUGGGGUGGCAACUACGACCAGUACAUCAAGACGCGAACAGAGGUGGAGAAGAACCAGAUGACGAAGUACAAGAAGGAGCAGGAUGACAUCAAGCACCUCCAGGAGUUCAUCCGCUCCUGCGGUACCUACGCGAACCUGCGAGUGCAGGCUGAGUCGAAGCAGAAGAUCAUCGACAAGAUGGUGGAGGCUGGUUUGACCGAGAAGCCCAUGGCAGAUCCCUCUUAUGAGUUCACCUUUCCAGACUCUGAGAAGAUCUCGCCCCCGGUUAUGGCCUUCCACAACGUGUCCUUCUCGUAUUCGGGCAAGAAGGAGGACCACCUCUACGAGAAGCUCGAGCUGGGUGUGGACCUGGACUCGCGUAUCGCAUUGGUCGGCCCCAAUGGUGCUGGCAAGUCUACCCUGCUGAAGCUGAUGCUUCAGCAGAUCGAGCCUACCGAGGGUGAGGUGAAGCGCAGUGGCAAGCUGCGCAUCGGUCACUACAAUCAGCACAGCGAGGCUGUCCUGGACCUCGAAGCUACGCCUCUUCAGUUCCUGAAGGACCUCUACCCGGAGGGCAUUGUCACGACAUCUGGGAAGAAGAAGAUGGAGGACCCUGAGUGGCGAGGCAAGCUGGGCUCCUUCGGCAUCACCGGUGACUUCCAGACCCGAAAGAUGAAGACCAUGUCGGACGGAUACCGGACGCGCAUGGUGAUGCUGCUCAUGGCGCUGGUGAAUCCCCACGUCUUGCUGCUUGAUGAGCCGACGAACCACUUGGACAUGCAGUGCAUCGAUGCCCUGGCGAAGGCUAUCAACAAGUUCUCUGGAGGUGUGGUUUUGGUCAGUCACGACUUCCGAUUGAUCUCGCAGGUUGCGAAAGAGAUCUGGGUGUGCGACAGGAAGACGGUGUCUAAGUGGGAGGGCGACAUCCAGUCUUACAAGAAGCACCUGAAGAAGGAGGUCAUGAAGAAGUUCAAGGCCUGA